AUUUCCUGGAAUCGAGGAACCGGUAGAUGAUACUACUGCACAAAGAGAGGGUAGGACACACAAGCGUAAGGUUACUGGAUCUACACGACGGGGUGAACGUAAUUUGCGACUGAGGGAGCCAGAUGCACAGACCGAUGAGGAUGAUGAUGAUUCACAUGUAGGUUUCGAGGGUCAGUAUGUUUAUCCGGUGCCAGAUUUUGGAUUAGAUGACAAUGAUGAUGGCAAUGAUGUUGGCAAUACCGUUUCCGCAUCCCCGACUACUUUGACAGGUGCUGCUGCUACUUCAUCUGGUGGUGCUACUCAUCGUCGGGGUAGUACUUCGUCCGAUACUGUUACUCGUCCGUGGAAGUUGACUGGUCCGGCACCUGGUGGACCUACUGACUAUAACUUGAUACCGAGUUUCGGAGCGCACGUCGCCUAUGACAUUUGGGAGGGAAAGGUAAUAUUUUAUUAUAUGAAUUUUUAUUGUAUUUUUUUAAAUGCGUAUAGUAGAUAGUUGCAUAAUUAAUAUUUGUUUAUAUUUUGGACAGGAGCGAUCUAUGGUUAAAUUGCAAUCCCGUACAAAAGCGGUGACUGGUUGGCGUGGGCCAACAGAUCCUCGGUCUGUUGCAUUGUUGGAGGGUACUGGUUUGUACCAAUUGCAGCAUUGUGUACUCCCUCAGCACAAUAACCCACUGAUUGAGGCAUUCAUUGAAAGGUGGCAGCCGGACACAAAUACGUUUCACAUGCCUUUUGGGGAGAUGACGAUUACACUCCAUGAUGUGCAUUAUAUCAUGGGGUUGCGAGUUAGUGGACAUCGUCCUUACACUGAUAUGCAGAAGAGCUUGGUGAUCGAAUCUGGAUCGAGAAUAUUCGAUCUUGACAUUCUCAAGAUAGAAAGUUGGUGGCACAAUGGUGGCCCCCGAUUAGAGGACUUGCAGGAGCUAUACGGAGAUCAUUCAUCAGCUUCGUCAGAGUGUAAGGUGCGAGCAUACAUCAUUUACUUGUUGGGAUCGACUUUAUUUGUCAAUAAGAGCGGUGCUAGAGUGAAGCCAGAUUUUUGCCCACUUAUAGAGGACAUCGAGCAGAUUAGAGAGUACUCGUGGGGCUCCGGUACAUUGGCGAAUCUAUAUCGACAGUUGGGUAUGGCUUCACGAGCUGAGGCGAAACAGAUUUCCGGAUGUCUGACACUGUUAGAGUGUUGGAUAUACGAGUAUUUUCCGAGUUUUCGACCUCCGACGGUUAAAGCACACGUUAUAGGAGAGCCAUGGUGCAUGAGGUGGCAUAUAUCAGACGUGGUUCGAAAGGAUAGCAGUCGAUUACUUGAGUAUCGUCGGAUGCUUGAUCAUUUACGUGCAACCGAUGUAAGUAACUUGUACAAUGUAUUGUUUCAUUUGUCUGAAUUAACUGUAUUAUUAAUAUGUAUAUUUUAUUAUAAUAGGUUUAUUGGACUCCGUUUGGUCCGAAUGUGGCACGUGAUGUCGAGAAGACACUCCAUCAUGGUACUAUCAGGUUCAUGGAUACGAUCGAGCCUUACAUGUCCGAUAGAGUCUUGCGCCAAUUCGGCUUUCGACAGAUUAUUCCCGCGUCCCCUAUUCUACCGAUGCGUGGUUCUAAGAGGGAAAGAAAAAUUGUUUCGUAUAAAGUACGUUACGAGUCCAAUGAUUAUGCAUGGAGUAUCCCAAACGUGCACAGACUUGAGCAGACUUACUACGGUCAUAGGGCGGAUCCAGCUUGGGAGGUUGCUACAGAUUACAUGGAUUGGUAUAUACCUCGUACUCACCUUCGUGUAGAUCCCAGUACUGAUUUAUUGGAGAGAGCAGAACCAUCUCCAGUUCCAUUCGUGUACGAUAUCACACGAUUGUUGCAUCCGUACUACUACGAUCACUUGCCACCAUCCCGUAUUCCAGGAUAUCAUAUGGUACCAGAUGAUGUCUUUAGACAGGUUCAGGAUCUGUGCACGCCAUUUUCUGAUUAUUUACAGUUGCAGCCACCCGAUAUUCCCGAUGAUGAUAUGGAUGCUGAGCAUGAUACUGGACCGUCACGUAUGCCAUAUUCCCAGAGCAGGCGGCAGAGGAGGGACUAGUAGCUAUUGUUAUAUUUAUUUUUGUUAUUUCUUUUAGUUAUUUCUAUGUUUUUUUUUUUAUUAUCGACAGAAUUGCGUAUUUUUAGGUUUAUUUCAGUGUGCCGGAUUACUAGGAUAAAUGA